ACACAAGUUGCGCUUGCGAACGAAACUGACGCGUGUUGCGGUGCCGAGUGAUUUGGACUUAUGUGGUGUUUGUAAAACUGUGCGCUGUGCUAGCAUGUGCCCUUGCUAAGUGCGCCUCCGUGACAAUGUACAGAGUGACCUUUCUGGUGCUGCUAGCGGCGCUCAGCUGCAAAGCCGAAAUCCAGGAGAGAGUAUGCAUCGGGACAAACGGCCGGAUGUCAGUGCCCUCAAACCGCGACACCCACUACAGAAAUCUGCGCGACAGAUUCACUAAUUGUACAUACGUCGAUGGCAAUCUGGAACUUACAUGGCUUGAAAAUGAAACCAUGGACUUGUCUUUCCUGCAACAUAUUAGGGAAGUCACCGGAUAUGUUCUCAUUUCGUAUGUAAAAGUUGCACACAUAGUUUUGCCACAGUUACAAAUUAUACGCGGCAGAACACUUUUUAAAUUAAAUGUGAGAGAAGAGGAAUUCGCACUUUUGGUUACGAUGUCUUCAGCUUUCACUUUAGAGCUGCCUGCAUUACGAGACGUUCUUCGAGGUAGUGUUGGAAUUUAUAAUAAUUUCAACUUGUGCCACGUCAAGACAAUUAACUGGGAUGAAAUUAUAACGGGCGUCAAUGCGACGUAUGUUUUCGUUUAUACAUUUAAGGUAAACGAAAGAGAAUGUCCGCCAUGCCAUCCGAGUUGUGAGGCUGGCUGUUGGGGCGAUGGACCGCAUAACUGCCAGAAGUUUUCUAAAACAAACUGUAGUCCACAAUGCGCCCAAGGACGAUGUUUUGGACCUAACCCGCGUGAUUGUUGCAAUACUUUUUGCGCCGGGGGUUGUACAGGACCGUUGCCAAGCCAGUGUCUCGCCUGUCGAAAUUUCUACGAUGAAGGAACAUGUUCUCAAGAAUGCCCACAAAUGCAGAAGUAUAAUCCAACGACUUAUUCCUGGGAACCCAAUCCUAACGGAAAGUACGCCUAUGGAGCGACAUGUGUUCGAAACUGUCCAGAACAUCUAUUGAAAGAUAAUGGAGCAUGCGUGCGCAGUUGUCCACCAAACAAAACUGCGGUUAAUGGCGAAUGUAUACCUUGCAAUGUUACUUGUCCAAAAACAUGUCGUGCAGAAAGGCCCAUUCAUUCGGGGAAUAUCGACAGUUUUAAAGACUGCACGAUUAUCGACGGAUCAAUAGAAAUUCUGGAAAUGACAUUUACAGGCUUUCAGCAAAUAAAUCCUGAUUACUCGUUUGGAGAUCGCUACUUGAAAAUGGAGCCAGAUGCUCUUGAAAUAUUUAGUACAGUGCGAGAAGUAACUGGCUAUUUGAAUGUUCAAGCCCACCAUCCAAAUUUUACAAGCCUAUCAUACUUUCGAAAUUUAGAAGUUAUAGGAGGGCGUCAAGUUGUCGAGAAUCUUUUUGCUUCAUUAUACAUCGUCAAGACUUCAUUGAAAUCGUUAGGUUUAAAGUCUUUGAAACGAGUAAACUCAGGUGCGAUUGCUAUAAUGGAAAAUAGACACCUAUGUUUCGCUGAUAAAAUAGCCUGGAAUAAACUUGUAAAAUCGAAAGAUCAUAAACAAAUUAUACAGAAGAAUGGAGACCUGAGAACUUGUGAAAAAGCAAAUAUGGUUUGUGAUGACCAAUGUUCAUCCGACGGCUGUUGGGGCCCAGGCCCUGACCAGUGUCUCUCGUGUGAAAACUACAAGUUCGGCGAUAUAUGCAUCCAAAACUGCAGCGUACACCCUGGGCUUUAUAAAGCAGGAGCAAAAACGUGCAAACAAUGUCAUUCGGAAUGCCUUGACGGAUGCAGUGGGCCAAGUCGUGCAAAUUGUACAAGAUGCAGACACGUGCGCGAUGGACCUUACUGCGUGGCGGAGUGUCCAGAUUCAAGAUAUCCUUCUGAAAAUGGCACUUGCCAACCUUGUCAUACAAACUGUUUUAAUGGAUGCACAGGGCCAGCAAACACAGUUGGUGAAGGUGGAUGCAACUCUUGCAAAAAGGCUAUUAUCAGUGUGGAAGCCACCGUUGAAAGUUGCCUUAAAGAGAAUGAACCGUGUCCUGAUGGCUAUUACAAUGAAUGGGUUGGAAACGUGAAACCUUUAGAAGGAAAAGUAAAAGUAGUAUGUCGAAAAUGCCAUCCUUUAUGUAGAAAAUGUACUGGAUUCGGUAUACAUGAACAAGUAUGUCAAGUGUGCAAUGGAUUUAAGCGCGGAGAUCAGUGUGAAGAUGAGUGCCCAACAGAUCAUUUCACGGAUGAAACGAGUAGAAUAUGCACACCGUGUCAUCAUGAAUGCCGUGGAUGUACGGGCCCUUUGUCCACUGAUUGCAUAAAGUGUCAAAAUCUGAAAAUAUUUUUGAGUGACACAAAUGCAAGACCGUUUAAUUGUACUGAUUCUUGCCCAGAAGAUAUACCACACAAAAUUUAUUUUGACGAACAAUUGCAAAAUCCCAUUGAUGAACCAUAUUGUUCAGCUCUAGCAAAUGGUCCACCUGCAAUGGCAACUGCAAAAAUACCAACAGUUCUAGUAAUUAUUUUAGUUUUGGCAUUUAUCCUACUAGUCAUUCUUGCAAUUGUCGGAUAUACCUGUCGACAAAAAGCAAAAGCCAAGAAAGAAGCAGUUAAAAUGACAAUGGUUUUAACUGGUUGUGAAGACAAUGAACCCCUUCGUCCAACAAAUGUAAAACCAAACUUAGCUAAACUUCGAAUUGUAAAGGAAGCUGAAUUAAGAAGAGGUGGAAUGCUUGGGUUCGGUGCAUUUGGAAAAGUAUAUAAAGGUGUUUGGGUUCCAGAAGGUGCAAAUGUAAAGAUCCCUGUUGCGAUAAAGGUCUUAAAAGAAGGAACAGGUGCAAACACCAGCAAGGAGUUUUUGGAAGAAGCAUAUAUUAUGGCCAGUGUUGAACAUCCGAACUUGUUGCAAUUGCUUGCCGUUUGUAUGACUAAUCAAAUGAUGUUGAUUACUCAGUUAAUGCCAUUAGGAUGCUUACUAGACUAUGUAAGAACUCACAAAGAAAAAAUAGGAUCAAAAGCAUUCCUCAAUUGGUGCACCCAGAUUGCUCGUGGAAUGGCCUAUUUAGAAGAGAAACGUUUAGUACACAGGGACUUAGCAGCACGAAACGUUUUAGUACAAACACCAAACUGUGUAAAAAUAACAGAUUUUGGUUUAGCUAAGUUAUUAGAUAUAAAUGAAGAUGAGUACAAAGCAGCGGGUGGGAAAAUGCCAAUUAAAUGGUUAGCUCUAGAAUGUGUUCAACACAGGAUAUUUACACACAAAAGUGAUGUAUGGGCUUUCGGUGUGACCAUAUGGGAAAUAUUGAGCUACGGUGCGAGACCUUAUGCAAAUAUUUCUGCUAGAAACGUACCUGAACUUAUUGAAAAUGGUCUUAAACUGCCACAGCCUGCCAUUUGCACAUUGGAUAUCUACUGUGUAAUGGUAUCCUGCUGGAUGUUGGAUGCUGAUAGUCGACCGACAUUUAAACAAUUGGCAGACACGUUCGCAGAAAUGGCCAGAGACCCGGGACGAUAUCUUGUUAUUCCUGGUGAUAAAUUUAUGCGUCUCCCCUCCUAUUCUACGCAGGAUGAAAAGGAAUUGAUAAGAAAUCUUUCAUCAGCAAUGGAUGGCCCCGAACCAUUAGUGGAAGCAGAUGAAUACCUACAACCCAAAUUUAAGAAUUUACCUGACACUGCAACAACAAACUCCGUAGUCACCACAGGUGUAGAAACACAUACGGGGUCGUUGAAACCUGGUGCGUCUUCCUCUUGGACGAAUAACGUUAUAAGUCCAGAAGGCGCGACGAGUGACGCUGGAAAUAAACCCGAAACGUGGGAUCAAGAUCUUCUACGCUAUAACAACACAAACAAUUCAGACGGAACAGAAGUGCGACAUUACUACAACAAUGGCGUUUGCGCUUCGGAUAGUUCGAGCUCGAGAUAUUGCAGUGACCCUAUGAAAUCGAGACCAGAUGAUGAAAGCAAAUUCGAUAGUAUGUCUAAAACAAAAGACGCACAAGUAGGUAACUUGAAACUCAAUUUGCCGUUGGAUGAAGACGAUUAUUUGAUGCCAUCACCACAACACACACAAAAUGCCUCAGCCUAUAUGGACUUAAUAGGUGAAGGAGGCGAAGGGCAGGAUGUGAAAGAUAUGUGUUACAGUGGCUUCGCGGCAUCAAAAAGAUGCAUAGAUAAUCCUGAGUACUUGAUGUCAGAUCAAAGUAUACCGGCGCAGACUAUUGGGAUUCCCACGGAACCCUUGCCGUUGGAGUGUCCCAGCGAAGGAAGCGGCAGCGAAUCCACCCCACGACCUACGACGAGUAAAUAUUUACCUCAGAGAUCUGUGGAAGAGGAAUCGAUGUCUGAUCACGAAUACUAUAACGAUUUGCAGCGGGAACUGCAACCCUUGCGCCGAAAUGAGACGACUGUAUAAAAACUAAGUGUUAAGUUAUGUUUUAUGUGUUUUAUAGACUGAUCUCUCAAAAUACAACAUUUCUACUUAAUGCGCACGCGCGCUCUUUGUGCCAUUUGUUGAUGGCUAGUGUUAGUUGUUGAAUAUCAUCAAACUAAGAAUUUUAUUGUAGUUAUAAUCCAGUUUGUUAUGUCCCCUACUUAAUUUUGUAAAAACUGUUAUGAACUAUAAUGUGUAUAAAAUUUUAUAUCGUAUUAAGUGCUAAUAGGAAACAAAACACAAAUAUAAGUUAUUUAUUAUAAUGUAUAGGUUAAGGAAGGCUAUGUUUAUGUUUCUGUUAUAAGCAAAAAUUAUUUUAAUUUAAACUGUGAUAAUUAGAUUAAUUUUUUACGUUUCAAUAAUGAAAUAACAUAUGAAGUCGAUGAAUUUUUUGAUACUAUAUUGCCAUUAAAUAUUAUGAAAGACAAAAUUUUUAUUCCAUAAUUUACAUAUUUUAUACAAAGCUUAUGUAUAUUUUUUUUAUUCUACUAAGUACUGAUUGAACGACUUAACUUGGAAUAUAAAAUACACUGGGUAUUUGCACAGUACAUUUGAAAUCGUACGAAUUUUAAUGUACAACUUUUAUUUUUUUCACUAUGAUGAUCCUUGCCAGACUCACAUCAUCUCUUUGUAUGGUUCAUCUGUACAUAGGCAUUUGUACUUGCCUCUCGACAUAGGACUAGUAUUCACUAGCGACGUCUAAGUUAUUGUAAAUAUGUGUAUACAAAGGUACGACUAUAAUAAAUAAUAUCUAUUUAUGGCAGAUUAUAAAAGACACUAAUUAUAAGCAUUUACGAGCGAUGUCUUAAGCACAAAACGAGCUCAAACGAUUUCCAACUAUACUUACUGCUUAACAUAGUUUAUUAGUUUUAUAAGGUUUUAUUAAACCAAACCUCGUUUGCCAUGUAACUUGUAAAUAUAAAAGAUAUUGUAAAAAAUAUAUAUGAAGAAGAUAUAAACGAAAUAAUGUAUGUGACAGUAGUAACUACUUAAAAUUAAUAGUCACGAUAAAAUGUAUGGUGUAUCAGUUUUAUAUAAGCCUGUAAAUUAAUUCCGUGCCAUUGUUUUGUCUAAAGUUAAUUAAAUUGAAGUUUGUGGUUCCAUUACCGGUUGUAACAUUUCUUGCCCACUUUAUAGUUUACAACAUUUUAUUAUUUUAAAAUAUCCCCACAAAACAAAUAGUUUGAUAUAAAAUAGUAGACACCUUAUUUUAUUUUGUAGUAUUUCCAUACAAAUACCUUACAAAUCUUACAAUGUUAGCAAUAUUUUGAACGGCUAUAUUAUUGUGACUGUGUAUAGGUUCGAAUGAAAUGUGGGUACUUAUAUACCUUAAUAAAAUAAAUAAAUAAAUUAAA